AUGGCCUGGCCCCCGGAAAUCCAUUCGCCAUCCCUCCGAAUCUGCCUUCAAGCAAGGGGAGGUGCUUGGAAGUCCCUAGCAGCCUCUGCGCGUGGGACGAUCCAGCAGAGCGACUACUCCGUUUCCAAAGUUUUGGAAGUGGGCCCUUCCCUCCCUGUUCUUCCGCCUCCCCGAGCGCUCGCUCUACUCCGCAGGGGCGCAGAGCCAGGUGUGGUCCGCCUGGGCGGGCUGCGUGGGCUUCGGAGAAGAGCGCGCGGCCGCCCAGGGGCAGGUGAGGGCGCAGGAAAGUUGGAGCCCAAGCAGCACGGCGUCCAGCUCCCGAGCCCCAACCUUCAGGUGACCCCGCGCGGCGGCGGCGGCGACCAGAGCCCGCAGCAGCGCCGAGCGCCUCCGGGAGGAGAGGAGGCGAGCUGGGCGCCUCGCCACCGCCAGCCGGGCUGCCACAGCGAUCCGGGGCUGGGCGGGAGCCGGGGGAGAGAGCCGGGCCGCGGCGGCUACCUCUGCCCUGCGAGAGCGGGCGGGCCGGGCCGGGGACGCGCGCCGCCGCCGCCGCCGUUCUUGGUGGAGGAAAGCAGGGAGGCCAUCCACGGCACCCGCGCCGCGCCGAGGACGCCCGGGAGCCCGCCGACCCGGCCCCCGCGCGCCACGAACAGCACAUAUCUGAACGAGAAGUUCCUCCCGCCGACAGAGAGAUGCCAAAAUCUGCAAGCAGGCUUGGAGACUUUAUCUAACAAAACGAGAAAGUAUUCAGAGGAUGACUAUCUUCAGAUUAUCACAAAUAUCCAGAGCUGUCCAUGGAAGCGACAAGCAGAAGAACAUGAGAAGUUUAGAGUGGAACUUGCUUCGUGUUGUGAUGCUGUUCAGAACUUCAUUGUUUCUCAAAAUAACACUCCUGUCGGGACUAACGUGAGUUACGAGGUGGAAAGUAAAAGCGAAAUCCAAAUCAGAGAGAACAUUUUCGAUAUGUUGCCAGUGACUCAGCCUUUUGUGGGGUACCCUUACAAUCAGUGUGCGGUGGUUGGAAAUGGGGGAAUUCUGAAUCAGUCUUUCUGCGGAGCCGAAAUCGAUAAAUCCGACUUUGUUUUUAGGUGUAACCUCCCCCCAACCACAGGAAAUGUUACCAAUGAUGUCGGCACUAAAACCAACCUGGUGACUCUAAAUCCCAGCAUCAUAAGACUAAGAUAUGGGAACUUAAAGGAAAAGAAAGCAAUAUUUCUGGAGGACGUUGCAACCUAUGGAGAUGCAUUCGUCCUUCUGCCAGCAUUUUCCUUCAGGGCCAACACUGCGGCCUCUUUUAAGGUGUACUACACACUGAAGGAAUCUAAAGCAAGACAAAGAGUUUUAUUUUUCCAUCCCAAGUACCUGAAAAACCUUGCCCUCUUCUGGAGGACUAAAGGUGUGACCGAGUAUCGCCUGUCCUCCGGCUUGAUGAUCACAAGUGUGGCAGUUGAACUGUGCGAGAACGUGAAACUCUAUGGAUUCUGGCCCUUCUCUAAAACUGGAGAGAACACACCUGUCAGCCAUCACUACUACGACAACAGGUUACCUAAGCGCGGUUUCCAUGAGAUGCCCAAGGAGUAUAGACAAAUUCUCCAGCUUCACGUGAAAGGAAUCCUCAGAUUACAAUUUAGCAGAUGUGAAAUAGCCUAA